AUGGCGGCGUCCGGCGCGGUAACGGUAACGGCAGCGGCGGCGGCGCUGGUGCAGUACGUGGUGCUGCGGGGGGACCUGUUCCGGCCGCCGCGGUCGUGGCCGCUGGGCGCGGUGGUGGCACAGGGCUGCCACGCCGCCGUGGCAGCGGCCCACGCGUUCCGCCAGCACCCCGACACCCGCGCCUACCUGGAUCAGGGCGGCGCCAUGCGUACCGUCGUCUUGGAGGCUCCGGAUGAAGCUGCCCUGACGGAACUGGCAGAGACCCUGAAGCGACACAACAUCGACCACGAAGUGUGGACCGAGCAGCCCGAGAACGUGGCCACCUGCCUGGCGCUCCGGCCCUACCCGAAGGACCAAGUGCACCAGCACCUGAAGAAAUUUAAAUUGCUGAAGUGACCCGGCACAAACAGCUCCUCCGGGCUCGGAGUCCAGCUCACCCCCCGGGAGGAAAGCUGCCGUGUUUUGGGGAGCGCUUGUGCGGGUGCUCAGCAGCAGGGAGCCUUCUCCCCGUGUGGUGAUGCGAAACGGCUCCGCGGCGGGAAGAAUUAAAACGUCACUCUGUGCAAAA